AUGGAGCUUUUCAAUAACGAUGAUCUUAACUACGUUGUGGACGACUAUUACGACGUCCCGGACUUUGAGGAUUUUGAGGAUGAUGACUCUUCUGCCGACAGUCGCUCUUACAGCAACGCUGCCUCUCAUUCUCCGGACUCCGACUAUGAAGAUGAUUUUGAAAUGGGUCAAUCGAAGACUGAUACUUCUGCUCGGGAAGCUAGGAACGGGAAAGAUAUCCAGGGAAUUCCUUGGGAGAGGCUUAAUUAUACAAGGGACAAGUACCGUGAGACUCGACUAAAGCAGUACAAGAACUAUGAGAAUCUCUCUCGCUCUCGGGUGGAUCUUGACAAGGAGUGCCUCGAAGUGAGGAAAGGAAAUUCCUUCUAUGACUUCCAGUUCAAUACAAGGAUCGUCAAAUCAACAAUUGUGCAUUUUCAGCUGAGGAAUUUGUUAUGGGCAACGACGAAGCAUGAUGUAUACCUUAUGCAAAACUACUCUGUGAUGCAUUGGUCGUCUUUACUCCGAAGGAGUAAAGAAGUACUUAAUGCGGUGAAACCCAUUGUUCCAACUGUUAAGCGCCCCGGAUUUUCUGCUCAACCUAUCUCCAGAGUACAAAUAAGCACCAUGGCUGUUAAAGAAAAUUUAAUGGUAGCAGGCGGUUUCCAGGGUGAGCUUAUUUGCAAGAACCUGAAUAAAUCUGGAGUUGCUUUCUGUAGUAAAAUAACUACCGAUGAUAAUGCUAUAACCAAUGCUGUAGAUGUUUACCCUAAUCCCAGUGGGUCUAUGAGGGUCGUGACAGCAAAUAAUGACGCCCAAGUUAGAGUUUUCGAUGCUGAUAAUUUUGCUUCUCUUGGUUGCUUCAAAUAUGACUGGUCUGUUAACAGCAUUUCAGUUAGUCCCGAUGGGAAGUUGUUAGCUGUUGUUGGGGAUAGUGCUGAGGGUUUGAUAGCUGAUGCUAACACAGGAAAGGUUACCGGUAGCCUGACAGGACACUUGGACUAUUCUUUUGCCUCUGCUUGGCAUCCAGAUGGGCGAAUAUUGGCUACUGGGAAUCAGGACACAACAUGUAGGUUGUGGGACAUCAGAAAUCUUUCACGUUCCAUUGCUGUACUCAAGGGAAGAAUGGGUGCAGUAAGAGCCCUGAGGUUCACUUCAGAUGGACGGUUUCUGGCUAUGGCUGAGCCAGCGGAUUUCGUCCAUAUUUUUGACUCUCACAGUGAUUAUAAACAGGGACAAGAAAUUGAUUUAUUUGGUGAGAUCGCUGGUAUUUCCUUUAGCCCGGACACGGAGGCUCUAUUUGUUGGCAUCGCUGAUCGUACUUAUGGGAGCUUGUUGGAGUUCAACAGGAAACAUUUUAAUCGAUAUCUAGACUGUGUGUUUUAGAGGAGCCUCUCCCAACCCGUACAGCAAGCCUCUCAAUACUGAUUUUUGAAGGUGUUUUUCUCCGGAGAUCCUUCUUCGUUUACUUUUGAGUUUUAUGGUUAGGCAACUUGUAAAUUUCGUCCUCAGUGAGCUAUUUCUGUUAAGGCAUCCUGACUUUUCAAAUGCGGGAAUGUAUUCUCAAUUUUUUUUUGGGAUGGAAUA